AUGAUAAUGAAUAACUGUUUUUGUCAUUUCAGAUAUUCUAGAAGAAUUCUUUGGCUACAAGUUGGAAGAACAAAUAAUAAUCCUAAAGUUGUAGCAGGAUUUUUUCUACAAUGUCUCCGAGAAAUAAAAGGUGUUCCACGUUGUGUUCGAACUGAUAGAGGAACGGAAAAUUCUGAAAUCGCCAAAUGGCAAAUGGCAUUUCGAUGGAAUCACCAAGACGAUAUGGCAGGAGAACACAGUUUUCUGAUGGGAUCAUCACCAGCUAAUCAGAGAAUCGAGCGAUGGUGGUUAUCAAAUAGGCAAGGCGGCGGCCAAUUCUGGAUUGCUUUUAUGAAAGAUCUUCAGGAUACAGGGAUAUUUUCAAGUGCAAACCACUUACAAGUGUAA